AUGUCCAAGAGAAGGAGAAGCCCAGGCUGUCCCCUGGGCCUGUGGCUCACCAUCCCCGAUGCCGUGGUGCCACCUUUCCCAAGGGGCGGCCAGCCUGCCACAGCAGGAAAAAGAACCAUCGAUAAACCACAUCCUCCGGCUAUAGGAGUGAUACACCACUGUAUUCAUUUGCUUUGGACCCUAGAAGAAGACUCAGAUAGAAGAGGAUCAUAAGGACAAUGGUUAUAAUAUUCAGUUGAAGAAGAUGAUCCAGAUAUAUACACAGGAUAUUCUACACAGCAUGUUGUAGGUGGCUGUAAACCAAGAAUAUCUUACAGAUAUCGACUGAAGGUCCCUAGCCCUAAAGGAGCCUUUGCUUAUAGUCCAGUUAUCUCUGUGCUUCCUACUAGAAAGCACCUGAUGUUAGCUGCUUUUGCUGGUCAGCUGGAUAUGGUUAAGUACCUGAGAACACAAGGUGCUUCUUGGGAAGCCAGAGAUCUGCGGGGCCGGACAGCUUUGCACUGGGCUGCAGGCGGAGGACAUUGCUGUGCUAUUGAGUGGAUGAUUGAUGACAGCUGUAAUAUCUCAGUAUUACACAAUAAUAGAGAACUUCUGCUGCUGGGAAGUGGAGGAGAAACUGCUGUUGAAAAUGAGAUAGCAAAAUUUGUAACAUGA